UGUUUUAGUUUUUAUUAUAAUUAUUUAAAUAUAUUAACGCGGUGAACAUUUGAGUUAAAGAAUAUGAUUCUCGACAUAUUCAGAGUAAAUGAUUUAAACUAAUUUUAGAAAACGUGUGAACGCGAUCUCUGUUCACGAGUAUAACGUGAUAAUAGUGUAAAUCAAAAUUUUAUCCAGUCUAACAUCGAAAAUGAUAGAUUUACGUGAUGAAAAUGCUAAAAAUACAAUAAAUGGUGGAAAAUAUAGCAAUUUAAAUAUACCAGUAACAUCACAACAAGGAUUAGCGCCACUUAGUCCCUAUUUAAAUUUUGAUCCUGCAUAUCUUCCUCCAAGCCAACCAGAAUAUAUAUUUCCGGAAGGAGCAGCAAAACAAAGAGGAAGAUUUGAAUUGGCUUUUAGUCAGAUUGGUGCAGCAUGUAUUAUAGGAGCUGGUAUUGGAGGUGCUACUGGUUUAUAUAGAGGCAUUAAAGCAACAUCUUUAGCUGACCAAACUGGUAAACUUAGAAGAACACAAUUAAUCAAUCAUGUUAUGAAAAGUGGAUCUUCAUUAGCAAAUACAUUUGGAAUAGUAUCAGUAAUGUAUAGUGGAUUUGGUGUGCUUUUAUCUUGGGUCAGAGGUACAGAUGAUUCCUUAAAUACAUUAGCAGCAGCAACUGGAACAGGAAUGUUGUUCAAAUCUACAACUGGCUUAAAAAAAUGUGCAUUGGGUGGUUGUAUAGGACUAGGAAUAGCAUCUGUAUAUUGCUUAUGGACUAAUCGAGAAGCCUUACUGGAAUUGAGGCAUCGCAAUAUAAAUCCAGCUAGUACUAACAAAGGAAUAAUAGAAGGGUUUGCAUUCUGUAAUUGAUAUAAAUUAUAUAUGAAUGAUUAUUUUUACAAAGGUUACCAAAGAAACUUAUAUGACUUUUAUUAACUUAUUAAAAAUAAAGAAAAAAGAAAAUUUGAAAGAGAAGAGGAAAAGAAAAUCCAGAGAAAAAAAUAAAAAGAGCGAAAUAAACUGAUUAAAUAAAACAAAUUUUACUAUUGUUUUUCCCAUAAUAUAAAAAUUAAAUAAAAAUUUAUUAUAAAUAUUCUGAUUACAUGCAUUGCAUGCAUAAUAUAAUAUAAAUUAUGAAUACGAUGUUAUUCUCACAGAUAUAUUACUUCUUUUUUACAGAUCUAAAUAAUAAAUAGGAGGAACGAGAUUUCAAGCUACUAGAAAUUCAUACAACGAAAGCAAAUUAUUUUGUAUAUAGAAAAUCAUAUUUGAAGAUUCUAUAAAAUAUAAACAUUUUAGUAAAAAUAAAUCAAAUCAAUAUGCAAUACAAAUAAAGGAAAAUCUGUAGCACUAUUAUAUAUAUGCGCACAUAUUGUGUUUUAUAUAUAUUAUAAUAGUAAUUAUUUCAUUUUAAUUUUUAUUUUAAUUUCUUUUUUAAAUAUAUAUAAUAUGAACAAGAUAUACAAUUUAUGAUAUCUGGAUUACUAUCGAAUGUCGGUAAGGUAUGAUAAUCUUAUCAAAGUUUAUCUCAAACAUUCUCGUGUUUCAUCGGUCAUAUAGUUUAAUCUGAUUUGUAUAUACUAGAAGAAAGAGAAAAUGUGAACAGGAAUAUUAUUAUUUAUAAUUGAUGUCAUUAAAAGUAUAUACAUAAUAUAUAUGUGUAAUAAUAUAAAUCGGUGAAAAUACGAAAAGAGAAAAACAAAGAUAAUUUUUCAUUGAUAUUAUCGUAUUGUCGUAUAUUAUCAUAUAUUGUAAUCAUCAAUUUAAUAUUAGUUAAAAAUAUUUUAUGAAACACAAACUUUUUUUAUUAUAAAAAGUAAUAAUAAGAAGCAUAUAUUUAAGUAUUUUACUUAAUGCAAUCCUUGACGUUUACAUAUAGAGAUAUUGCAUGCAUCGAUAAAUAUUAGCAAAAAAUUCUCAAUUUAUUUGAACUAGAAACAGACGGUAUUCAUAAAUACACAAAUAUUUCAAUGUGUUAAAGUUCUACCAAUUGGCAUGAAGAAAAUAUUUUAGCAGAGAAAUAUAUUUUGGAACUACAAUCUUAUAGAAAGAGAAAAAAAAAGGAAAGAAAUUUUCUUCUUAAAGUGCAACGUUUAAAGAUUCAUCAUCGAAUAAAUUUAUAUAUCAAAUUAAG